AUGAUCUUAUCGAUCCCGAUCAUCUUGGCCUCAUUGUCAUUAGGCAUCCAGACCAAUUCCGAAUGCGAGAACUUCAUCCAAUUCCCGAUGCUCGUCCUUGGCGUGUUCUUGUUCGUCAUCUCAGUCCUAGGGAUUAUUGGCGCAUGUUGCCAGGUCACAUUCUUACUAUGGAUUUACCUCUUUGUGACCUUUUUGCUGAUGAUCGCACUCUUCUGCUUCUCAAUAUUCGCUUUUGUAGUCACGAACAAGGGUGUCGGGGAGGCUAUUAUGGGAACGGGAUACAAGGAAUAUCGGCUCGGAGAUUAUUCGGAUUGGUUGCAGAAGCAAGUCAACAAUGAGAAGAACUGGGGCAAGAUCAAGAGUUGCUUGCAAGACUCGGAGUUUUGCAGGAGGCUCGGACACCAGAUGUAUGAUGGCAAUGAUUUAUAUGAGGAGACCGCCGAGUUCUACAAGCAAAACCUAACGCCGACCCAGUCGGGUUGCUGCAAGCCACCUACCUCCUGUGGUUUCAUAUACAAUAAUGCUACUUAUUGGACCGUACCAAAACACGGCGUGGACUCCCACGACAGUGAUUGUCAGGUAUGGAGCAACGACCAGGAUAGACUAUGCUACGACUGUAAUUCAUGCAAGGCAGGCGUCCUUGCCAACCUGAAGAUCAGCUGGAGGAAACUCGCCAUCAUGAAUUUCUUUGCCCUCCUCUUCCUCAAUAUCAUCUACUCCAUCGGUUGCUGUGCUUUUAGAAAUAAUAGAAUGGACAGUUACCAGCCAUACAGACCGUAUUACCAUUAGUCACAGAGUCAGGGAUUCACAGCUCAAUGGAAUUUUCACUUCUAUCGAGGACAAAAAUGACUCAAUAUUGUAUAUCCAUUACUGCCUCUUUCUGUACUGCUUGUGAUCAUUUCUCAUGCAAUUAACUCAAUCGUCAU